ACGAAAGCAAACCCCAAAUAGACGGAUGAGAUUAUUUUCGAAAAUGAAAUUUUACCAAAUCGUUAUUUGUAUUAGUUGUGUAUUGACUUUGCUGCGUAGCAGCUCGGCGGUCCCAUCGAGAGCAAAUAAACGCCUGGGAGUGAAUCGUCAACAUGAAAGAUAUAUUGAGCUAUUCAUGAAUUUAAAGGUGAAUCCUUGCGAUAAUUUCUAUGAAUAUGCCUGUGGAAAAUGGCAAAAAUGGCAAGAGGCAAAUGAGACGGAGGAUAUUUAUACGGAGGUGUUGGGUUUGGCUGGUUAUAAGGCUAGCAAAGAGCUGGCCCGGCAACUGGAUGUUAUGGAGGUUGAAAGUGCUAAGCCACCUGGUUUUGUGAGGAAACUUAAGAGUGCCUAUGAGACAUGUGUUGGUGUCGAGGAUUUCGAUCAUCUCAAUUACCUUGUGUGGUUGAACAAGGAGGCGAAUUUUACUCUCCCCCUUUUGGGAGAUUUGUUAGGGGAAGAGAACGAUUGGAUUGAAAUAUUGGCUGGGCUACGGAGAUAUGGCCUUAAUGGCAUACUGGUGGAAGAAGAUAUGCUGCCUUUUAUGGGAGAAAAAGGAAAAAUCAUAAUUACCCUUAAGAAACCAGAGAGCGAAAGUUUCAAAAGACUCUCUUUGAGAAAUUUUAGAUCCCUUAUGAACUCCAUGUCUCUCAACAUAAAUUCUACGGCAUUAGACUCCUUGUGGCACGAAGUCCAAUGGAUAGAGAAACGUAUAAAAGAAAUUACAAACAUUGAGGAGGAAGAUGAGGAUGAGGAUCUCGAAACUAAACCAAUGGAAUUCAGAGAUUUACCCUUUCCAUGGCUAAAAACAUAUCUCAGCCGGCUGCUAAAUAAACCAUCAUUGGAUGAGAAUUUGAAACUGAUUCUUUUGAAUCAAAAGUAUUUUGAGGCCUUGGAAAAUCUAGCCCGGGACUUUAAGGCUCCAGCGAUUUGUAAAUAUUUAACCAUUCGAUUUUUAUGGUAUUUACAUCAGAAUACCCCCACAGAUUUUUCACACUGGGAAUGUGCAGAUAUGGUAAGGAAUCUUUUACCUCUGGCCAGCAAUUGGCUGUACCAGGAAAAUCGUGGAAAAUUGAAGGCUAUUAUAUCCGAAGUUGAAGAAAUGUUUCAGAACAUAAUCCAGCAGUUUAAUCAAACCUUGAAUGAUCACAAAUCCCAAAUACAUCCGUCCAGUUUUGAGUAUCUCUUGGGAAAAUUAAAAGCCAUAAAACUGAAGAUAGGCAAUUUGCCGUCCUUGGAUACGGCCAGUUUUGUGGAAACUUUCUAUGCCAACAUCUCUUUAUCUGCCCGUGAUUUUUAUGGCAAUCAUUUGAAAUUAUUGGAAUUUUCUUUCCAUGCCUCUCAUGAAAUUAUGCCCAGCCUGGCAAUGGCAGAUUAUAGGCGAUUUUUUAAUCUGGAUCCCCCAGAAGAGGGCGACAGCAACUCGCCCUAUUAUGUGGUGCAGGAAAACACCAUCAUAGUUCCCUUUACGUCUCUGCGUCAACCCAUAUAUCACCCCAAUUUUAAGCCAGUAUAUAAAUACAGUGGCUUGGGCGCUGCCAUUGGCCAUGAAAUCUUCCAUUCCUUUGACUAUACUGGCCUUCAAAUCGAUGCCGAGGGUCAAACAAAUGAUGUGGAAUAUAAACGCAUUUUGAGAACCGCCCUUAUUGCCGAAAGGCUUCAGUGUCUAGAAAAUCUAAAUCCUCAAUCUGUGGAUGAGAAAAUUGCCGAUAUAAGUGGUCUGCGUUAUGCAUACAAGGCAUUUAUUCACCGUUUUCCUGAGGCCCACGAGAGCAGUAGACCAAUCCACGGCAAACAAAUGAAGUUGAGUCAAAUAUUUUUCCUUAACUUUGCCCAAUACUAUUGUGACACCGACAACGGCGAUUAUGAUGAAGAUGAACAUGGUCUAGCCAGUGAUCGGGUCAAUGAUGCGCUGUCUCAUUUAAAUGCAUUUUCUGAGGUGUUCAAUUGUACAGCUAAGAAUGAAAUGUAUGUGCCGGAAAAAUGUCAAAUGUGGAUUUAAUAAAAAAAGAGAAAAAUCUCA